AUGAAAGUACUUGAGUGUGGUUGUUUGAAUGGGUAUACAGGAACGCUCUGCGAGAGUGAUCUCGACGCAUGUGAAGCAAAUCUAAACCCAUGUUACCCAGGUGUAAAGUGCAUCGACCUUCCCCCUCCAGCAAAUAUAUCUGGCUACAAAUGUGGACCUUGUCCGAAUGGAUUCACGGGAGAUGGAUCCAAAUGUCGAGGUAUCCAUUAUCAAACUGGAUUUCUGACAUAGCUCAAAACAUAUAUAAAGGCAAACGUAUCCCUGAUCCAGUUUCACUGUACUCCUUAAGUCAGUCAAAGAACCGACAAGAAUAAGUUAUUUGCGAGGGAAACAAUAAAAGAGGGCUGUAAUUUUGCGGAAGAAAUAAUGCACAUUUUGUCGAGUACUUAGCUGACCUAGCUAGACUCUGCGUUUGUAUGGUAUUGCUACAAUUCAGAGUUAAAACGUUAUAUGGGGCUGCACUUACAUCGCAGCUCCAUCGAACUGAUCCCAGUUAGACUUUUUUCUCAAGAAAACUGAGUCCAGUUGGUAAAUAAACACCUCAGGUUCAUUCAAUAUGUUAUACUCAAAUUGUGUCACUACUGUAGCCUCUGAGUAUCCAUUAUAAGAAGAAGAAAGUUUUGAUGUUAGCAGCAAAUAAAUAAUAACAUACUAUCAUAAUUAUAAUUUAAUUCCUUUUUUCAGACUUUGACGAAUGUUUACAAGGGUCGAACGGUGGAUGCAGUCAAGUCUGUAUCAACACACCAGGCUCGUUCACAUGCGACUGUAGAAAAGGAUACUUGCUCAAGAUUGACCAGCGAAAUUGUGAUGGUAAAGCACCAAAUUCUCAUGUUUUCUCUCAUUUCAUCUCUGAGUAAGCUACCAUGCAUAGUGAAUAUUUUAGAGGACCAUUGCGCGACAGAAUAAAAAUUUACUCGCACAAACCCUAUACGUUUAAGUAUAACUCCUUAUUAUAACAAAGUUCGUAUAUAACACGCGCUAUCAUUAGUUGAAAAAGCGUGCACUAUCAUAGUACAAGAUAGAGCUAAAGCUAUCACGCCAUCUUCUAAAUUGUGCCAACUUUUCCCGGACUUCUCUCUAGCUUUUUUUCGUUAAUUGAAAGUGAAACUUCGGAGGAAACGAGACGGCAAGUCGCAACAGAAGAACCAAACAAAGAUUUGUAAACAUACCAAGCGCCACAAUUUUCUUUAUUAUGACAAAAGCAAAGACGAAAAUCCUCAAAGAGAAAACGAAAUGGACAGUUCGAGUUUUGAAGGUUUACACGCUCAGCUGGAUUGCAAGUUACGUACGGUAAUAAAAAUUAAACACCGGUAACACUCGUUUAGUAUAUAUAGUUUUGUGUUCAAAAACAAAACAAAACAAAUGAUGAAAAAUAUAGCUAAACUGGAGUAAGUGUCAAAGUUCAUACUAAUCAUGACGGUGUCAGAGCUACUGCGAUCAUGCUGAGGUCCAUCGUGGCAAUCUCCGGUCAGCGUAGUGAAGCAAGCUUCAGAAUUUACAUCGGCCGCCUUUCGAGUGAAAAUGGAUCCCGAGCAAUCUUCAUGUUCCAGUGAAUUCAGCUGUCGUUCCUUUAUAAAACACACGCCUUCAACAGUUUGUUGCCUAAUUUUCAUGUGUGUUUUUAUGAGCCACAAUUCGGCCGGAUUUCACUAAACAUUUCCCUUUCAAAUUUCGUAUUAGAGACUAAAUAGACUUGCGGCAAAAGUGCUAAAUUCGACUUGCCGAACUAUUUCAGUUUGUAAACUAUUACGAAUUGUGAACUUCGAUGGUUUGUGAACUCUGAUGGUUUGACAUUUUAGACAGCUUAAAUCUUUUUCAUCCAAUCAGAUUAUUUGAACCAUCCCAAGAAAGAUCCUGAUGGGCUCAUUGUGGCGUGCUUUUUGAAAGUGUAUAGAGCAUGCUGUCGACAUUGUUGUUCGCUUUGGAAAUAAAGUUUGUUUGAAAAUUUGAAGAAAUGCAUGGGAAAUUCACAUAUUUUUUAUAAAACAAAUGAGAAGAAAUACUCGACUAUGUCUCGUGUUUCUCCCUACACUUCUUUCGUGCUUUAGCCGCUUCCUGCGUUCUUUACGACAGAAAAGAGCACAGUCAAGGCUUCUCUAUUUUUAACUCACUUUUUUUUUAAUCAGACAUUAAUGAAUGCGUUCCUGUCAGCGACUGUAUGCACAAGUGUGAAAAUACAAACGGUGGAUAUCGAUGUAGCUGUGAUGAUUUCUUCAAAGUGGACCCUUCAGAUCCCAAAAAUUGUAUUCGUAAGUGAUUUUUAAAUUGCUUUACCCGCACUUGGAGUUAAAUUACUGCAUGGGGUGGGCAGUUUAUGAUUAUAAUUACUAACGGAAGUCUACAUUUCCUUGAAAAAAUCUACCUAGUAACCUUGAUGUACAAGCGAUUCUUUUAAGAUGUAAAGUCCAUUUUAUCUAGCAUCUGAUAAUUACUGUUAGGAAGUGUAAGUAUUUUACUUUAAGUUUCACUUUGGUAACGUUUUGAUCAGUUUUUCUGAUAGUUUUAUAAUUAUUAAGUUGUGUGGCCAUUUUAAGCGAUGUUAGAAAUCACUGAGUGUAUUUCUUUUUUUUAAUGUAUUGGCAGGCAAAAAUCGUUUGAUUCUGUAAACGCUUUUUUUCGGUAAGCAACAUGAAACGUAUGAAAAAAAUAACAAUAAUUAUAAAUCUUUUAUAUUAAAGCUGAUUCUCCAUGUCAGAAAGGUGAACAUAACUGUCAGCACAUCUGUUACCUUGGUUCAAACAAAAUUCAACAAUGUGCUUGUAGACGAGGCUAUCUUCUUGGAGACGAUGGGGAUAGUUGCAAAGGUGGGUAUAAUUGUAUUAACCUAAGAAACUAUACAGGGCCAGUUAGUAUACAUUUAGAGGGUGAACAAAUUAAAUUGGAUCUCACUUCACUUGGUUUAAGGUAAAAGAGAAGGGAUUCGUGCGUAUCGUGUAUACUGUUCGCCGUGUUCAAGAUGGCACCAGAUAGUAUUUCUCAUUUAAAAACGUUACCCUCUACAUUGAGAUUUACAAUCAUGUUGUAAGCUAUGCUUUUUUUUAAAUAAGUGGCCAGAACCUGGUAAACGAAGGAUAAAUAAAUCAAAUAAAUAUCAGGGUUGGCACCCAGUGUAAGGCGUAAGGCACUUUCAAAUAGUACAAUUUGUCUUCUUCAAGGCUAAUGCCAUAACGAAGGAUCAAACGGCUCUAAAUAAAAUUUAUAGCAAGCUUAAUAUAGAGAGCGAACAUGCAAACCUUAGGGAGGAUUUUAGGUUCUUAAUUUUUAUUUUUUAUGUACCUAAAGAAGACCAAAGACUGUGUUUGAUGUUGCUAGGGUAAUUAGAAGUAUAUCUGACAUAAAAUGAUCUACAUGAAAUGAAUUGACAACUUUAAUCAGUAGAGACAGCGGCGAAAGAACUUAAAAGUAGUGAUUCCCAGCGCCUUGUCUGUGUUCUGAAAAACGUUCGAACAAUCUGUCACUCCUUUAUGAACGGUUUUUGACCGGCAUUGUAUGUUAUUAAUGCAGUGUUAGACUGGAGGAUUGCAAGUAAUUCUACUACUUACAGUUUCGCCAUUUUUCCAUUAGAUAUUGAUGAAUGUGCGGCAAAUGAGAAUAGAUGCAGCCAUAAAUGCAACAACACGGAAGGAAGCUACACAUGUUCCUGUGUGGACGGCUUUAGACUGGACGCUGAUAAUGUCACUUGCAUAGGUAGUGUAAAGGCAGAAUUGAGGCAUUACCACGGAAAAAAAAUUAUAACUCUCUCAAUUGAAACGUUGUUUCAGGAUAAGAUGUUUUUAGAAUUUUAUCUGCAAGUCUAAUUUUUCAUUUGAUCAUUCCAUGCACGAAGAUAAUUUGAAGUAAGUCAACUUGCUCAAAAACCAUGAAAUUUUCUUGCAAUGUGAAAAAAUUUCUGGGUUCACACAUUCUCAAAUAUUACUUGUGUGUUACUCACUUUAUCUUUAUGUACAGUUCAAUAAGGGUAGCUGAACUGGAUCAUAAUCCGGUAAUGCCGGACAGAUUCAUCGAGAUACUGUGCUUAGUAUGAGUUUAUGUACUUUUCCAAUUGAGGCAAAGCAAUUGGCAUAAUGGCGUGUUCAUCGCCAAUGUCGAAUAUCGAUGUGCCAAUGAGUAAGCGAGAGAUAACCAGUAAGAGACUACUUCUCCCACUCAUCACCCGAAAGAAAAGGGGAAUCAAAGAUUAUAUGAUUUGAAAGGACAUGUAAUCACGAUGGGCUUACUCAGAACAACAAAGACUUAAACGGCAAUGAUGAUUAGAAAAAUGAAAAAAAAAUACUGAACGCCCUGAACUGCUUUACGCCGGCCAAAAAAUAAAAAAUUUUUAAAAAUGCUGAGCGUGCGAAGAGACGACUUUAAACAUAUGUAAGGCUAAUAGAAUAAGAAAGACAGUUAUUUUUGAGCUCCGCAAAGAAAAAGAGAAAGAUUUUUUUCGUCUUGUCACGAGCGUGGGACAAAGAAAAAAUUCUUAGCUCCCAUGAGGAAUCGAACUUCAGGUCUUCAGAUUUACAUCGGAGCGCGGAAUCCGGGGGUCUGGGGUUGGACUCCUCGUGGGACUCAGAAUUUUUUCUUUGUCCCGCGCUCGUGACAAGACGAAAACAUCUUUCUCUAUAUAUUAAGGCAACUUGGUUUUAAUUUACUGACUUUAGUUUGUCAUUUUAGAUAUAGACGAGUGCUUGGAAUGGACCUUUAAAUGUCAGGAUUCGUCACAGCGUUGCAAAAAUACUCAAGGUUCUUACAAAUGCGUCUGUGAAGAAGGACUUUAUUGGAUUGACAGUGCUUGCAAAGGUGAGACCACAUGUAUACAUACCACCCUGAUAAUACAGGAUAAAGUUAAUAUGCAAUGAGUUAAUGCUUAAAAACUCUUGUUUAAUGAAUACCAAAAACAUUUCAAUGGAUUUCUUCACAAAAAAAAUUUUUCUUAAUGAUUUCUAAUUUUCCAAAGGAAAGGUAAUGUUGAGGUGUGUCUUAUACCCCAUUAACAACGAAAAAAAUUUCAGUUAAACCGGGUUUUAAAUUGAGAAAAAGAGAUCUUAAAUACAGAAUUCUUACAUAGGUUUUAAGUACUAACCUUUUCUUUAAUGUUCUCGAUUUGAAUUCGUACACUUUUUUUUAGCCGCCUCUAUGAAGAAAAAAUUUUAAACUGUAUGUAACAAGACAGCUUUAAAACAUGUUUAAUUAAGCUUUGGCGUGAAUGCGGUAUAAGUUGCUCAAAUUAUCUAGACAUCGCAAGAGAUGUUGAACCAAAGUGUAAAUAGCUUAUUUGGAAGCACUCAGACUUAUAAAAUUAUUACUCGUUGAGAGGAAUUAAAAUUUAUCACUGUACAUUUAAUUAAAGUAAUGAGCCUGAGGAUAACUACUAAACGCAAAUCAUUCCAAGGAUACCUCAAAACUUCGAAUGUCGACUCGACUUCUCUUGUGAUGAUGUUACAGACUUUAUUCAUAACGUUUUGAUUGUUCGUUCCACUCAAGGUCCGGGCAAGAAUGAAAAACCACCUCCUCCACCGCCAGCACCGACUCCAAGAAUUCCGUCCUUGAUUGAAGAACGUCAAGCGAUUAUUAUCACAAUUAAAGGACUCAACUUAUCUCAGGUAUUGCCUUUCACUUGAAUGUGAUACGAAUAGUAUAUGUUCAAAGUCAUAAUCAGAUAGGGGAUGUUGAUGGUCACGUGGAAACACGAAAUUUCCAUUCUAAUGAGUGAGCUAACCCUACAAGUGAAAAAUUUUCUUGUGAGAAGAAACAUAUCGUAUCUUCUCGUGGCCAUCUAAAAUUCUUUUCAUUACAUAAAGACAGUGAAGACACUUCCAUUUGCUCUCGUACAUUUUUAUUUUAUGCGGUAAUGCGGUUCAUUUUUGAGAAAGGAAAAGGUUUGAAAAAUCAAUGAAAGCUAGGUUUUAAACUGCGAUGAUCAGAAUUCUCGCCAAUUCUCGUUGUUUGGAUGACAAAGUUAAAGUCUCCGAGAAAAAAUAAGAAAAAAUUGUUGCGCCUGUCUGGGUGCACGAGAGCGGAUUAAUUUAAAAUUUCAAAUAUGUUGAAUAGCCUUUAGGGAGCUGCAUGAAUACUGAAAAUAUUUUCCGAAAAAAGAAACCUCUAGUUUUUGAAAAAUGCAGAAAAAAAUUUGUCUUUCUCCAAAGGACGCAUCUUAUCGAAUUUGCCAUUAUGACUACAACACUCAGAAUAUCAUUUUUUUUCAUAUAUUUAUCAACCUUGUUCUUUUUACAAUUAUUCAGUGGAAUCUGCCCUUAGAGCAAGUCUUCAAAGAUGCAGUUGCAGAUUCUGUUACCACUUUCUGUGGGGAAAGCAGAGAUUGUGAGAUCACAGCGCCUCGAAAAAGGUUACUACAUCACUACCAAGCCUAAGCAUAACUAAAUUUUUCCACUAAUUCCGUUCUGCGAGUAAAUGAGAUAUAUGCUCCCAAACCCAGUAACAUUUUGUUAUAGCAAAAAUUCGUUACUGCCUUAAAGUUGACUGAGGCUAUUUUAUUGAUUUGGGAUAGCAACAGGGCUGGGAUUUUCAAAGCUGGGUUAAGAUAACUCCGGGAACUGUGAAUCUGAUGUCAGAUCUGAAAGCUUUAUAAGAAAAUUCAUCAUCAUUCUUUUUGACUACAAUUUGUUGCUUUAAUGCUCUAAAAAGAACAGAGAAAAUUAUCUAAAAAAAGCUUUUGAAAGGAGUCAAGAAACACAGAUUAAAUUUUAACCAGGGUUAGUUCUAAUAAGUCUUCGAACAAGUGGGCCUAGAACUAGAAGUAAACUGCACAUUUGACGACAGAAUUCAUUCUUUUGUCAACAAAUAAGAUGAGUUUUUUUAAUAAAAUCCGGUCAUGGCCAUUUUUCUGUUUAGUUCAAUUGGUCUUCUACCUCUCUCAAGCUAAAGAUGGUAUGGUUUUGAUUUCAGGAGGGCACUAGACUACAUACUUUUCACGUCAGAUCAAGUCCAUCUCCUUCCAGAUUAUCCAGAGCGAACUCCUUAUCUUAUGCAGAUUCGAGUUGCGAUCUACGUCCAGUUUCCACCUGGAGUGGCUGGUGACUCUCCUUCUACCCUGGAUAAAAACAUUUUGUUGACAGUCAUAAAUUCAUCUCGUGAAAAUUUGGAAAAGGCCCUGAACGUGUCAGUUGUUAACCUAAAGAUUGCGUACCUCGACCCUUCCACUGAGAGCAGUUUCACAGAGACUCCAAAAGUUCAUCAUGAAGAAACAACGAUAGGCUAUUUCAUUAUUGGUGGGGCAGCAGCUGGGGUUAUAUUGGCCAUCAUACUUUGUGUUUUGGGAUGUUGCAGGUGAGUUUCAUUCACGUUUGUCACUGGGUAACCAGUGUAAAAUGAGAACUUCGUCUUAAUAUGCUAUAUAAACAAUAGCCUCCAUUUGUCCCCCUACGUCAUUUGUUCCAAGAUGCGAACAGUUUCCAGAGCGAAGCUUGACAAUUACUGUGAGCUUCGAGGAACAAGUAAUGUCCAAGGACACAUAAACGGACAUAUUUCGCGCCAAAUGGAUGCUAUUGCGUUUAUUAUCCUUCGUAUAUUUCUGUAACACGCGUUAAAUAUGUUUACAAACAGCUUAGCGAUUACUGCUUGAGAUGUUUAGUUUUCAGUGUUCUCUAGUACGACUUUAUGAACGAACAAACAUCAUCUGUAAAAACAGGAAAAUACUUUAUCGUCUUGAAUUCAAUUCUGAAGAACGGCUUAAUAGAGUUGAUGCAGGGAGUGAAAAUUGGGAAUAUCAGUUGGGGUAUAUCCUCGGAUUUCCAGUAGUUUAGACCAAUCGCGUGCGUGCAAAAUUCUUAAAUGAUUGUAAACUAUUUUCUCGUUUCAUCAUAAUCACCGCCAAAAAAGGCAAUUGGUAUUUAUGUCCUUAUCCUAAAUAAUUUCCUGUCUUACUCUAAUCACAUCGCCCUUUUUCCGAUUUAUCUUUCGUGUGUCGAGGUUUUUGAACCUGUUCAAUAUAAAACAGUUGUCGAAAAUGUGACAUCACCCGAUACCGACAAAUGAAGGACUUGAAAUUUCAUACAGCCCCAGAAAAGAGAAGAACACGUAAAUAAUCAUAUUUCAUAUUCUGACUGCUUAUAACGUUUCAGAAAGUGCAAUUCAAAGCAAGUGCUGAAAAGAAAUAGGGUUGCCUGCAGCGAAGACGACGGCGUCGAGCUUCAUAAAGUCAAGGGUCAUUUCGACAAUCACCGAGAGGAAGAAAAGUGUUAUUUCUAGUAACGAGCAAGCCUUUGACACGGAUAACGAAGCCAUUUAAAACUGCUUUAAGCUUAGAAUAGCUCUUUUGAUAGAAGCUUCAGGGUUUUAGUUGUUUAGAUUGGGUAAUUAUGCAGUUAUGUUCCUGAUAGACUGAUGAUUGACAUAUAUGUGCUAAUAUUUUUCUAUGCAACCUUUUGGAUCAGGUAUGUAGCUCAGUAGGCGUUAGCGAGAAAACUCAAUAACGCGGGUUAAUGAGAGAGUGGAAAAAUUUCGAUGAACACCUUGGACUGUUCUUAAUGAGAUGGGUAAAUCAUCUGCCUUUAAACCUAAAGAUCCAAGAAAUACAUGUUAGAAAUAGCAUUGCAAUGAUGCCAACGGUUAAAGAUAUUAAGAACAGAAACCUGCUAACAGUGUUGACAACUACUCCACUGCUCAAUUAACUGAUUUUGUGCUACUAACGAUGGCUUAAAAUAUAAGUUGAAUAGGAGGGCAGAUAAAAAACGACUUUUAGCAUCCCUUAGAGAUGCUUCGCUCAUCAGAAUCAUAAUUUAGGGAGUGAGAGAAUUUUCCUUAGAGUGUUUUCUAAAACAUAAAAUGAAGCUGAAGUACGUAGUGUUUAAUGCGUCGGUUCGACCUGUUAUAUGCUCAUUUCGUUCAUAAAUCCGAGUGUCUACGUCAUAAAUUAGAAAUUGUUAUUAUACCAUGUCUAUACGUGUGAUUUUGGUGUUUUUUCUUGAUUUUUGUUAUAUCGAUAUCCAUGCUUUCGAUGGAUUUUUAAUAAAAGUGCC